AUGCUCCGAUCCUCCUCAGCUUCGUCAGCCGAAUCCCCUGUCGGCAAUGAUGCGGCAAAUCCUUCUCAUUCAAGCAUAGCCGCUGCCGCUGUAGCCGCAGAAUUAGGAGAAAGUGUAGGCACAGGCCUGGGUUUGGGACUGGAAGCAGCCGCAGGGGUAGUGCCGGAUCAGUUCGUUUCGACGGAUGACCUUCCUGCGGCGAACGGAGCGGCAAACGCGGCGACAGGCGCAGCGAGGCCGGAGGGUUUCAACCCGAAAUUAGCGGGAAUUGAGGAGGAGGAGCGGAUGGUGAACGAGCUGCUGACGUGGCUGGAGGAGAGAGGCGUGAAAGGGAUUAGAGACGACGACGCGGCAAUUAAGGUAUUCAUUGACGCCAACACUACACUCAAGGCGUCCGGCAGGUCAAGAGCGAACCUCCGCAUGGUGGCGCGGCGCCCCAUCGCGGAGGGCGAGGCGUUUCUGUCGCUGCCUCGCUCGCUCGCCCUCACUGAAUCUCACGCGCAGGAAGAGGCAAAGCCGUACGAGGGGGAGGUGCACCCAUUCACGGCCCUGGCGGCGUGGGUGCUGAGGGAGCGGGGCAAGGGGCGCGCGUCCCUGUGGGCGCCCUUCGUGCGCCUGCUGCCCGCCCACCUGCCCUUCCCCCACCUCUUCUCCGACCGGCUUCGCACAGAGCUCCAAUCACAAUCGCUGCUCUUAGCCACCGCAGAGCACAAGCGGAUGCUGUCAGAAGAGUACAAAAAGUGCCGGCCAGAGGCCAUAGCGAAUGCAAGAGAGGAGGAGUUCCUGUGGGCGGUGGGCAUGGUCACGUCGCGUAUGUUCACACUCCCUACAAGCAACAGCACUGCCAGCGGCGAUGGCAGUGCCAGCAGUGAUGGCAAUGCGGCCAACAGCAACAGCAGCAGCAGCAGCGCCAGCAACGGCAGUGAGACAGUGCUCUUUCCCUAUGCGGACCUCUUUGACACGGACAACGACCCCGUCGCCAUGUGGCUGGCCAACGACACGCACAUCACAUUCACAGCCACGGCCAACAUCUCUGCAGGGCAGCACGUGAGCGUGGAGUCCGGGCUGCUGGCGAACGACGAGGCGCUGCUGACCCGCGGCAUGGCGCUGCAGACCAACUACCGUGACAGCGCGGACGUGUUUGAAUUCCCCGAGGCCGCCAUCGACUUCUUCGGCCGGCACUAUUUUCGGACGCACUGGGAGUCAUUCAUGGAGACUGACGUGGAGCAGGUCUUUGCUGACAUGGAAAAGGCACUCAAGGUCGAGGUGACCAAGGACUGCCCACCUCCCUUUCCGUCACUUCAUGCCUCCUCUUCUACCCUCAUCUGCCCCCUUUCCAACCUUGGACUGUGGUUAUCUGGUUCGCUGAGUAGCAGAGCACAGCUCACUGCCUCCUAUACUGCCUUCCUGCUGCCCGUCCCCCCCUCUCCCCCCUCUAUUCCUCUUCCCCCUCUCGUCCUCUUCUUCUCUCUUCCUCUUCCCACAGCCCCUGACUAUGCAGCACUGGCGCGGCCGGCAGUGGAGUACUCAUGGCUGAAGGAACCCAAGACCACGUGUGACGACUACGCCGCCUCGCUCCCCGACAACCUCGGGGACUCCAUCCCCGCAGCAGGCACAGGCAUUCUGGAGCGCGCCAGGCAGAUGCUGCAGGCCAUGGGGACGUCACGGGAGGGGGACCUGCAGCGCAUGUAUGUGGUGCAGGCGUGCAAGGUGCAGGUGCUGUACGGCACCUACCCUGGGGACAAGCCGCUCAUGUGCCCGCCUGAUUUUGUGCGCGAGUUGCCGGACUGGGAAGCGGCUUUGGCUUACAGGCUUUCAAAGAAAGAGGUGCUGUCGCAUGUGAUUGCCCGCCUCACAGCCACAUGCGAUGCUUAG